AUGUCAAAGUGGGAGAAGUACGCGUUGCAGGCAGCUGCCAUUGUCGGCAUAAGCGUAUAUCCUAGUGUUUUGAUAGCAUUUCAUAAUGGCAUGAUUAACUUCGGAAGGAGGGUUAUCGCUUACAAUGUUCCUGAUGAAAUUGUGGAUAUGGUAGAAAGUGAACUGGACAAAUUAAAGAACUUGUUAAUGAAAGCAAGUGCCAACGUUGCCGUGACCGAUUCACUGAACCCAGAAUGGCGUGGAGGUUUUUAUUUUAGAAAUGGUUUGGAACUAUUAUUACCUUUACGUGCUGUAGCAAAGAAUUUAUCCGAAUUGCCAAAAAUGAAACGUAUUGUUAGUAUCAAAACGAAUGAUUUCUUUUCAAGCAAGAGGAAAUUUUUGGAUACUACAACAGAUAUUGGGAAGCAUAUAUUUGAUGGCUACUUUCUUUCGGACGCAGCUCGGCGCUUUCUUAUCCGGCGCGAGUUACUUAGAGCUAAUAGCCGCCGAUUUAUUUUGGUGCCCUUUUCCAUGUGGGUUUUAUUGUCAGGUGUUGUAUGUUUAUCCUUCAUUUCUUUGAUGCGUUAUGGUCGCAUCGUUUCGUAUGGUUCUUUAGCAAUGUUGAUACCGUUGGCAGCUAUUUGUUUUCGGAAUGUCAUAAGAAACUUCUUCUCAUAUAGUGAAAUGUUGCUAGACUACGAUGCUUGUGCGGAUUCUCCGGAAUAUAUGGAAGGUGCACGUCAAUAUCUGAACUCAUCAAUUGCAACAAAUUUAAGGAUACGCAAUGCUCUAGGUGAUUUGCAGUCGGAAUUUAUUGCACCGAACGGUGAUAGUGUCGGCGAUCCAUGGCCUUAUUCGAAGCGAUUGAAAGCUAUUGAAAAAUUAGCCACAGAGAAGUUCCAGAAAAAGCAAAAUCAUCAGUAA